AUUUAAUUUGUUACAAAACAUCAAUUUAAACAAUACCAUUGUUUUUUUUAUACAUUAGUACAAAGUACGUUUGUAUUAGUAAUGCACCACUUGUUAUACAAAAAACAGUUGAUAAAAUGAAAAUGAAUAUCUGAUAUUGUAUAAAUUUCCAGAUAAACAAAAACAUAUUUUCAUCAAGGUUAGGUUUACCAUUCAAAGAUAGUGUGAAAAAUGAAUGGAACAAAUGUAUUAUAACUGAGAGGAGUUGAUGAUUUUAACUACCAUGGUUAAAAAUGGAAAUCGCAAAUAAUAAACAUCUACAUACACGACAAAUAAUUGGUAUUUUUCCUGUAUUGGAAUUGGAUAUUGAUGAUGUAGAUGUUCCUUUAAAAAAUCCAAGUAUAUCCUAUUUGGAUAUAUUUUUUCUGGUGUCUUCAAUAAUUAUGCAUGUUUUAGACAUGGCAAUUGACAUAAAUCUUGCUAUUAGAUAUUUAUUAGCAAACAAAAUAACAUAUUUUGUAUGGACAACUGUUUUUAUUUUUUUACCUUCAUUCAUAAAUGUCAUAAUCAGCAGAAAAAUGCAACGACAAGAUAAUAAUAGAAAUACAGAAUCAGAUCAAUCAGAAUUCAAAUGUGUACAUAAAAUGCUAUCAAAAAAAUUAUAUUGCAUUGUAGUUAUAGCAUUUCAAUUAGCACCAGUACUGCGUUACUAUCAAACUUUGAAAUAUGCUAUCAAAGCAUACAAGUUUAAAAAACAAGAAAAUCGAAAUGGUCAAAAGAAAUAUUAUCUGAAAAUGCUCAAGGAGGAUCAAGAUGUUGCAUUGUUAAGGGUGUUUGAAUGUUUUCUUGAAGCAGCACCUCAACAAAUUUUACAGUUAACUAUAUUAUUGAAACACUAUCAUAGCAGUAUUAAUUUUGAGUUUAUUCAUCAAGUAGCUAGUAUCCUAAGUUCACUUGGAAGUAUGGGAUGGGCAAUGGCUAGUUAUCAUCGUAGCAUUAGAUUGGUUCAACAAGAUAAGUUAAAUAUUGGUGUUACAGGAACAGUUUUGCAAUUUUUAUGGCACUUUUGUACAACAGUUUCAAGAAUAUUAUCUUUAAGUGUUGUUGCAAGUAUAUGGCCACUAUACACUGCCAUUGGUUGUAUUUGUCACUGGAUAGGUAUGACUGCAUGGAUCAUUAUUGAUUCUCAUGGUAUGUUAGAAUUCUGUAGAAAUCACAAUCAUGCUCCACAUUAUACUCCAAAAAUUAAAGAACGUAUCAAUUCAAUAUUAUUUUCCUUAGUAAUUGGUAUAGUUCACAUAUUUAUAUAUUUAAAUGCUGUAGAUGGUAGUACAUUUCUCAAACAUGUGUUUUUUUAUAUAGUAUGUUUUCUUGAAAAUAUAACAGCAACUGUAUUCUGGAUAUGUACAUCAUCAAAUGAAGUUAAAAAUUCUUGGUACUUCAAUGUACUUACUAUUCUUUGUAUUAUACCUUUUCUGUUAGGUAUAACAGCUAUGACCGUUUAUUACAGUGCUUUCCAUCCCUCCUUAAAACAUCAAAACUCUGUAAACACGUAAUUUUUAUUAAAAAAAUACUAGUCCAUCUAGUAAACAUUUUUAUUCAGACUCAUGAACAAAAUUUAGUUGAUUUGUAUAUUUAUUUAUGUAGGAUUUGUAAUUAAGUGAUGUCUAUUUAUACUAAUUACUUUGACUAUAUUUCUGAUAUAUUUAAUUUUGUACCUGGUAUAUGUUAUUCUUGUGUACACUAAUAAUUAUUAUAACAGAUUUGCAAUUAGAUAAACGAAUAUAGUGGUCGUUAUAUAUUCAAGAAAAUAUACAUUAAAUAUUUUAAUAUUUAAGAUUUCACUCUUGAGACUGAGAAAAUUACAUGACCAUAUAUAAUAAUCGCGUGUGCGAUACGAUUUUUAUUGUAUUUUCUUAAUAAUUAUAUUACAAAAUUUUUAUAUUUUUA